UACUCAGAGAGUUUGUGGUGAAUAGAUAAGAUAACACGAAUCAAUUUCACCGAUGACAAUGUGACAAUUGUGUUAUGGCGAAUGUCAAGACGACAACGAUGUCAGCAUUUCUAGUCGCGAUUUACAUAGGGGUUUUCUGUAGCGCAUCAUCUAAUGCAGAGAAUAACGGUUGUCUAGACCUCGACAAUCAUACCAAUUGGCAAGCGAUCGGACCACACAUACAAGAAAUCAAGUAUGUACGUUCCUCAAACCGCUUUCGAGCCUCUGUGCAAUGUGAGCCCGGCUAUCAAGGUUUUGUGCUUUUUCAACAGAAAUAUAGCAAUCGUUUUCCAAUGGACUGCAUAAAUGGGUCAUGGACGUUUGCUUCACCUUGCAUGGAAGUUGUUUGCCCAGACAUUUCCAACAAUGAUACAUGGAAAACAAACGGGGAAAAUAUACAACGCAUUGAAUAUUUGCCAAGUUCUUUGUCAACAGUAACUGCACACUGUCUGAAUGGAUAUGAAGCAAUUUCUCAUAAUAGUUCCAAUGAUCAUUUCUCGGUUAAAUGCGAGCAAGGUGUUUGGGUGGCCGAAGUAGCGGAAGGCGCAUGCCAAAAAAAAGACUGUGGCAAUCCAUUACCUGAUCCAAAUCGCCGUGAUGACAUUUCUAACGGCACAGUUUAUUUGUCAACGGUAUUUUUUUCGUGUAACGAUGGCUACGAGCUGGUUGGAGCAAACACAUCCCUCUGUACGGAUUUGUCCAAAUGGCGACCAGAAGUUCCUCGUUGCAAAAUAAAAGAUUGUGGACCUCCUCUUGACUGGGCACACGGCACAUGCAUUGCAACCAACACUACGUACCAAUCUAUUGGACUGUGCUCCUGUAACACUGGAUACACUUUUACUGGACGAAAUAACAGCAUUGAAUGUCUUGCGAACGGAUCAUGGAGAGUUCCCGAUGGCAACUGCACUAUAAAAAAUUGUGGCAAUCCACUAGCUGAUCCACAUCGCCACGAUGACACAUCAAACGGCACAGUUUUUUUGUCAACGGUAACAUUUUGUUGUAACGAUGGCUAUGAAUUGGUGGGAGCAAACACAUCAGUAUGUACGGAAUUGUCUAAAUGGCGACCAGAUGUUCCAAAUUGCAAAAUAAAAGAUUGUGGCCAUCCUCCUGAUUUAGCAUACGGCACAUGCAUUGCUAUCAACACUACAUUCAAAUCUAUUGUGCUGUGCUCCUGUAACACUGGAUAUACUUUUACUGGACAAAAUAGCGGCAUUGAAUGUCUCGCGAACGGAUCAUGGACAGGUCCCGAUGGUAGCUGCACUAUAAAAAAUUGUGGACCUCCUCCUUAUUGGGCAUACGGCACAUGCAUUACUACCAAGACUACGUACCAAUCUACUGGACGGUGCUCCUGUAACACUGGAUACACUUUUACUGGACGAAAUACCAGCAUUGAAUGUCUCGCGAACGGAUCAUGGAGAGUUCCCGAUGGCAACUGCACUAUAAAAAAUUGUGGCAAUCCACUGGCUGAUCCACAUCGCCACGAUGACACUUCAAACAGCACAGUUUUUUUGUCAACGGUAACAUUUUUGUGUAACGAUGGCUAUGAAUUGGUGGGAGCAAACACAUCAGUAUGUACGGAAUUGUCAAAAUGGAGACCAGAAGUUCCAAAUUGCAAAAUAAAAGAUUGUGGACAUCCUCCUGAUUUAGCAUACGGCACAUGCAUUGCUACAAACUCUACGUUCCAAUCUAUCGGACUGUGCUCCUGUAACACUGGAUACACUUUUACUGGACGAAAUAGCGGCAUUGAAUGUCUCGCGAACGGAUCAUGGAGAGGUCCCGAUGGUAGCUGCACUAUAAAAAAUUGUGGACCUCCCCCUUAUUGGUCAUAUGGCACAUGCAUUACUACCAAGACUACGUACCUAUCUACUGGACGGUGCUCCUGUAACACUGGAUACACUUUUACUGGACGAAAUAACAGCAUUGAAUGUCUCGCGAACGGAUCAUGGAGAGUUCCCGAUGGCAACUGCACUAUAAAAAAUUGUGGCAAUCCACUGGCUGAUCCACAUCGCCACGAUGACACUUCAAACGGCACAGUUUUUUUGUCAACGGUAACAUUUUUGUGUAACGAUGGCUAUGAAUUGGUGGGAGCAAACACAUCAGGCUGCACGGAAUUGUCAAAAUGGAGACCAGAAGUUCCAAAUUGCAAAAUAAAAGAUUGUGGACAUCCUCCUGAUUUAGCAUACGGCACAUGCAUUGCUACCAACACUACGUUCCAAUCUAUUGGACUGUGCUCUUGUAUCACUGGAUACACUUUGACUGGACAAAAUAGCAUCGAAUGUCUCGCGAACGGAUCAUGGAGAGGUCCCGAUGGCAUAUGUACUAUUAAAAACUGUGAAAAUCCAAUCGCUGAUCCAAAUCGCCAUGAUGACACUUCAAACGGCACAGUUUAUUUGUCAACGGUAACAUUUUCAUGCCACGAUGGCUACGAGCUGGUGGGAGCAAACACAUCAAUCUGUACGGCAUUAUCUACAUGGCGACCAGAAGUUCCAAAUUGCAAAAUAAAAGACUGUGGACCUCCUCCUGAUUUAGCACACGGCACAUGUAUAGCUACCAGCACUACGUUCAGAUCGAUUGGACGUUGUUCCUGUACCACUGGAUACCAUUUUACUGGAAGAAAUAGCAGUACUAAAUGCCUUUCGAACGGAUCAUGGAGGGGUCUCGAUGGAAGCUGCGCUAUAAAAGAGCCUGUGAUCAUUUCAUUUGAAACAAAUGGAACAAGAUUCAAUGGUGACAACAACAUCUUGGAUACAUUUCAAAUACCCAACAGGUUUCCUUACUUUGGAACAUACUACACGUUAUUCAGGCCAAGCAUGAAUGGGUUCAUCGCUCUCGACUUCCAGCCACUCUACAAUCAAUAUGGUGGCGAAACUCCCAGCGAGUGGACAGCUGCCAUUCAGAAACAUAUCGUCAUUGCUCCGCUGUGGACUGACAUUGACAGCAGAAAUAUAUCUAAUGGUGGACUGUGGAUCCACGUUUUAACUGAUAGAGACAAGGCUGACGUUUUAAAAAUUCAGGACCGCGUUCGCCAAUACACUAACCAAACUGAGUUCAAUGUCAGUGUGGCCCUGGUCGCCACGUGGAAACACGUGACUGUCCACUCGCCAUACGAACCCGGAUAUGAACUCGUCAAUCAUCAGAACCUUUCGAUGCAGGUUAUAUUAGUGACAGACGGUAUGUUUACGUACAUUAUGUUCAACUACGACAGAGAACAGUUCAGCAUCAGACCAUUACCGGAAGUAUCUGUUGCCAGUGGUUACACGCAUUUGGACUAUUCCGCAUCCGUUCUGUCUACAAGAAACAACUUUACAAAUCUAAUUAAGGAAUCCAACGUGAACCCUGCGUUCCCCGGUCGAUGGCUGUACAACGUUACAGCUAUAACAGUCUCCAUGUUGAACGAGACUAGAUGUUUGCAAUUUGUAAUGGCAAAUAACUACACAUUAAAGAGCUGGAUUACAGAACAGCUAGUCUAUGCAUUACCCUGUCCCUGCCAAGAGGUGCUUAUGUUAGAGGAUUACAUGUUUACUCGGAAAGAUGAGAUAUUACCUGGUAUCGGAACCAAGUUCACCCACACCACAUGCUACGAGUCCUGGUUCUUCAGCGUCUACGGGAUCAAACAAAGAUGCUGCUACAUGUUCAGCAAAUUGGAGUCUCAGUAUCCGGGGGCUGUAGCAGCGGAGUUUGAGAACUCCACCAUUGCAUCACUCCUCCAUGAGGGUUACUACCAGUGCUGCUCUCCUGAGGGAAGCCAGAAAUACUGUCACCUGUACCAGCAGAUCAACCCUCCUGAUGACUGCUCAAGAUACACGAUCAGUGAUGAAAUACAAAUGGCGGACAAAAAAGACUGCCCAAAGAUUGAAGACUUGUCGGUGGAUGUGGAGAAAUAAGCGACCAAUUUUCGAAAUCGGGUCUUGGGAAAUGUACAAAAUUAUGGUGAGCAGAGAAAAUCCGAAUCGAAUAUUGACAGUGUUUAUAACGUGUCGGAUGUUUAUACCUAUGUACAGAGAUUUGAAGAAGAUGUUUGGGUUCGGAUAGAAAAUCAUAUAUAAUUUCUCCCAACGGUAAUCAUAUUACUUGCAAUGGAUUUACCAUUUGUAUAAUUUGUGUGAUGUUAUGUGUAAGUGUGAUGCAGUUUAUGUUUUGAUUUUGUCCUGUACUAAACAUGAUUGUUUCCAUACUUAUUACACAUGUUGUAAUAUUAUUGUAGCGUGUGUAUUGGGUGAUGAUGAGAAAAUGUAUUAAACAUCCAGUGUUAACAUAUGCAACAGUUCAAUACUUGGUGUUCAAUUGUGCCGCUUAUUGAGUCAUUCUACAAUAAACUUAAACUCGGGCGAUAUGAACACACUAAUGUUGGAAAUGAAGUUUGUAAGUUUAAGGGUGCUUCUUAUAAUCUCUCAUGUACAGCAUUACACGUGCAUAUUGUACACUCGCGCACAACUCGCUCGUUUAUUUCACCAAAUUUUGUGUUGUAGACCUGAAAAAGGGAAGGUUUUCAUAACGGAAAAAUGUCGCUGUCAUUUUGUUAUCUAGUUGCUUCUAAUGCACCCUAUCAACAUUGUUACAAUUAUUCCUUUAUAUAAACCGUACUUAAAGUUAUAUUUUAACCUCUAUAUUUUUGUUUGCAUAAAACGUAUACGUUACUGAACUUUAAUAAUUGAGUUAUGGAUGUAAGAAUGUCAUAUUUUAUGUAUUAUGUAUUUAAGUAACGUCAUAGUUGAACUAUUGGUUUUUCUAAUAUUAAUAAAUCUGCAUCGGCUA